AUGAACAUGAUGACGGAUCAGACGCCGCCCAUGGACGCGCGACAGUUUGGGCACGGUUCCGACGGGGGCAAGGGCUCCGAGGACCUCCAACCGUCUCAGUUCGCAUCCCCAACGAGCACCUUCAACCCGGGAGCGGAAGUGCAACAUACCACGUCGGCCAAGGCCACGCCCACUGCGGCGAACGGGAACGCCCCGGCCGUAAACUUCGACAUCACCACGCGGCUCGCACCGCAGGACCGCAUCUUCAGCGUCGCCAAGGAGCAUCGGCACCUCUUUGGCUACACGCCCGCCAAUGCCAGCGUUGAGCUCCAGUAUGUCCAGUGGCUCUCUAGGGCUUCUGCCUCGGAUGAGUACAAGUGGUUUGCCGCCACAAACUCUCCACCCCAGGACCUCAUUCAAUUGGACGAUGACGGCGCCAUACUGUUCCUCGACAAGCUGUCGGACGUUGGCGCUGACAUGAGAGGCAGCAUGUCACUACGAUCCGAGGGUGACAGCCAGUACAGGAAAGAAAUGGUGGUUCGCGUUGGCUGGGUGUACAACAACAAGACCCAAGGCUACUCACAAUCUGGAAUAUUCACGGUCACGAAUGGCGCCACCGACCAGGAGCUCUUGAACGAGGUACAGGCAUGGUUGGCAGCGCCAUCCGGGACUGCAGCUCCAGACCAGAUCGCCGGCCCGCAAACAUCGAGCCAGGCACCAGGCGCUACCGAUUCACCUCUGGGCAACCCGGGAACGCUGCCAGGAGGCAAUAGUUCGAACAGCGGAGGUAGCGGCCUCUCCGCUGGCGCGAUCGCAGGCAUUGCGGUCGGAGGUGCCGUCGCACUCGCUCUCAUCGCCGGCCUCGUGUGGUUCCUUCUGCGCCGCCGCCGCCGCCGUCAGAAUCAGCAGCCGGGCGACUACAAGCCAGGGCACCAGACACCUACUGCCCCCUACCUCGACGACAAGGACAUGCACACAGGUCAGGUCGCCGACUCGCCGCGGUCCCCGUACUCCGAAGACGGUCAGGGCGUCCCGCAUCUUGCGGCCCUGCCCGCCGCUGCCACCGCUCCGCUCACGCUUCACGCGCACACCGCUGGCGACCGUUCCGAGCACCGCAACAGCGCGGCCGCCAGCUUCGAGCCCUACAGACCAGACGCGGCGGCGAGCAGAGGCAACCUCACCGACAGUGACGCGCCUACACCCACGCCGCAGAAUGUGUCCCGCAAUGUGGCCCAUCUUGUGGAAGAGGGAAUGACGGAGGCUGAGAUUCGCCGGCUCGAGGAAGAGGAGCGGCAAUUAGAUGACGAGAUUGAGCGCGCGGGGAGGCGUUGA